AAGAUGGCGGCGGGUGGGAGCGGCGGGCGCGCGUCGUGCCCGCCGGGGGUCGGCCCGGGCGCGGGGGGCGGCCCCGGGCCCAGCGCCAACGCCGCCCCCGCCCCCGGCAACGCGGCCGCCGCCGCCGCCGCCGCCGCCGCCGCCGCCGCCGCCCCGGCCCCCGCCGCCCCCGGGCCGCCCCCCGCUCCGGGCCCGGGGCCGGGGCCGGGGCCGGGGCCGGGGCCGGGCGCGCAGGCCGCGGCGGGCGGGGAGCGGGCGGCCGAGGAGCCGGGGGCGGCGGCGCUGCUGCGCGAGCCCGUCUACAACUGGCAGGCCACCAAGCCCACGCUGAAGGAGCGCUUCGCCUUCCUCUUCAACAACGAGGUGCUCUGCGACGUCCACUUCCUGGUGGGCAAGGGGCUCGGCGCGCAGCGCAUCCCCGCGCACAGGUUCGUGCUGGCCGUGGGCAGCGCUGUCUUCGACGCCAUGUUCAACGGGGGGAUGGCCACCACAUCCACCGAGAUCGAGCUGCCCGACGUGGAGCCGGCUGCCUUCCUGGCCCUGCUCAAGUUUCUCUACUCGGAUGAGGUUCAGAUCGGACCCGAGACGGUCAUGACCACGCUGUACACCGCCAAGAAGUACGCGGUGCCCGCGCUGGAGGCGCACUGCGUGGAGUUCCUGAAGAAGAACCUGCGGGCGGACAACGCGUUCAUGCUGCUGACGCAGGCGCGGCUCUUCGAUGAGCCACAGCUCGCCAGCCUGUGCCUGGAGAACAUCGAUAAGAACACGGCGGACGCCAUCACCGCCGAGGGCUUCACGGACAUCGACCUGGACACGCUGGUGGCCGUGCUGGAGCGGGACACGCUGGGCAUCCGCGAGGUGCGCCUCUUCAACGCCGUGGUGCGCUGGGCGGAGGCGGAGUGCCAGCGGCAGCAGCUGCAGGUGACGCCGGACAACAAGCGCAAGGUGCUGGGCAAGGCGCUCGCGCUCAUCCGCUUCCCGCUCAUGACCAUCGAGGAGUUCGCCGCAGGGCCCGCGCAGUCGGGCAUCCUCGUGGACCGCGAGGUGGUCAGCCUCUUCCUGCACUUCACCGUCAACCCCAAGCCCCGGGUCGACUUCAUCGACCGGCCCCGCUGCUGCCUCCGCGGGAAGGAGUGCAGUAUCAACCGCUUCCAGCAGGUGGAGAGCCGCUGGGGCUACAGCGGCACCAGCGACCGCAUCAGGUUCUCGGUCAACAAGCGCAUCUUCGUGGUUGGCUUUGGGCUGUACGGCUCCAUCCACGGGCCCACCGACUACCAAGUGAACAUCCAGAUCAUCCACACGGACAGCAACACGGUCCUGGGCCAGAACGACACAGGCUUCAGCUGUGACGGUUCCGCCAGCACCUUCCGGGUCAUGUUCAAGGAGCCGGUGGAGAUGCUGCCCAACGUCAACUACACGGCCUGCGCCACGCUCAAGGGCCCAGACUCCCACUACGGCACCAAGGGCCUGCGCAAGGUGACCCACGAGUCGCCCACGACGGGGGCCAAGACGUGCUUCACCUUCUGCUACGCGGCGGGAAACAACAACGGCACGUCCGUGGAGGACGGCCAGAUCCCCGAGGUUAUCUUCUACACCUAGGCCGCCCGGCCCCGAAGCCGCCUGACGCAAGUAGGCCGCCCCCGCCCCAUACCGCGCCCCCUGCCACGUUUCUGGGCGUCAGGAGAGGGUCUUCACUCCUGCUCGGGGGAGCCGGGCAGGGGCUGUGGGACGGUCCCUCAGGACUUGGGGGGGCAGGGCUGGCCCGGACCCGCCCUUAGGCGUCGGGGUCCCGCACGCAGCCCCCCACUCCCGGAGCUCAGGGCUGCCUGACCAACUGCCUGACCACAGGAUUCAAACAGGAUUCCGUCUCACGUCUGUGUUAACCGCACAUAGCAAUGCAUCUUGGGUCCCCAUUUCGCUGGUAGGAGGCGGUGCGUGGGGGCACCACUAGUGCAUUUGGUUGGGGCCUUGCGUUCUGGUCUAGUCACUGGGGAUGCUUAGGCCGCCCCGGCCCCCAGCGCGCUGGCCUGAGCCCCCUCGAGGUCCGGCAGGCUGGCUUUCUGCCAGGCCCAGGCCUGCCCAGGGAAGGGCCCCUCUCGGCCCCCGACCCGAUCUGCCUGCACGGGCAGUGCCCGGGGCCAGCCUCGGUGGCCCCGCCCCCUGUACAUACCGAAGCCCCGCCCGCCUCUGUGUGAGGGCGGGGCCCCUUCCCGAAGUCCCCAGUACCUCGCCCACCGCGUGUUUCUUCCCUAGUGAUCCCUUCUGGAAACUGUCCUCCCCGAAGCCAUGAAAGGUGUGCCCUCCUCACACCAGACCCCCAGACGAUUUUUUUAAAUAAAGGAAAGAAACGAAACCGC